UGGGACACACACACACAGCCUCUGUCUCACGGCUAGCGAGUGUCUCUCGCUCUCCAAGUGGAGGAUGAACUGAACACCAGAUCGCCUGUAAUCGGCAAUAGGGAAGGGACAGCCAAAUUAAUGACUGAGUAAUGUAAAAAUCUGUCUUUGCGCACAAGACAGAUCCAGAGUCCUUGGCGAGUAAGUGGAGAAGCAGGGCUUUUCGUGCCUGUUGUUCAGAACUGGCCAUCUGAUGAACAAGUUCUGAAAAGUCGAUCCGCACUAUCCUUGCAGUUUUUCAGCUGACAACUUCGUGUUGACAUCAUGGCUGCCUCCUCAUCCUCCUCCAUCCUGCUCCUCUCCCUCCUCAUUUCAUCACUGGUUUGCCUCUCCACUCCAGGAUCUGCAUUUCUCAUGGACGGUGGCCACAUGACAUCAUCAGCUCCCUUGGAACCUCAUUUUACAGAGUGCAUAUCGAGGGAGCAGGAGACUUUUCGCUGUUGGUGGAGUGCAGGCAGCUUCCAAAACCUGUCCUCCCCUGGAGCACUCAGAGUCUUUUACCUAAAGAAAGAAUCCCCCACCAGUGAAUGGAAAGAAUGUCCAGAAUACAUCUAUUCAAAAAGGGAGUGCUUUUUUGACACAAACCACACCUCCAUCUGGAUCACCUACUGCAUUCAGCUGCGCACCCAAAACAACGUCACCUAUUUCAACGAGGAUGACUGUUUCACUGUGGAGAACAUCGUGCGUCCUGAUCCCCCAGUGGCCCUAAACUGGACCCUGAUGAAUAUGAGUCCUUCAGGACUGUACUAUGAUGUCAGGGUCCGCUGGAAGCCGCCGCCUUCGGCAGACGUCACGGCGGGUUGGAUGCGUGUCGAGUACGAGGUCCAGUUCAGGGGGAGAAACAGCACCGUGUGGGAAGCAUUGGAAGUGCAGGGCACCACCCAGCAGACAAUCUACGGUCUGCGCAUAGGUGAAGAGUAUGAGGUGCGCAUCCGCUGCAGGAUGAUGGCCUUCACCAAAUUUGGAGAAUUCAGUGACUCAGUCUUUAUUCAUGUAACUGAGAUUCCCAGCAAAGAGAUCACAUUUCCGGUAACACUGGCUCUCAUCUUUGGGAUUGCGGGCAUCCUCAUCCUUAUCGUGCUGAUUGUCAUCUCUCAGCAUCAUAGAUUAAUGGUGAUUCUUUUGCCACCGAUCCCUGCACCCAAAAUUAAAGGCAUAGACCCAGAGCUGCUCAAGAAGGGGAAGCUGGACGAGCUGAAUUUUAUCCUGAGCGGCGGAGGUAUGGGUAGCCUGCCUUCCUACGCACCAGAUUUCUACCAGGACGAGCCCUGGGUGGAGUUCAUUGAGGUGGAUGCGGAGGAUGCAGAUCCUGGGGAAAAGGAGGACGACCAGGGCUCAGACACCCAGAGGCUCCUGGGUCUGUCCCAGCCUGUCGGGCAGCUCACACACAUAGGAUGCUCCCAUGCCAUCAGUUUCCCUGAUGACGACUCAGGUCGGGCAAGCUGUUAUGACCCAGAUCUUCCCGACCAAGAUGCGCUCAUGCUGUCAGCUGCCCUGCUGCCAGGACAACCUGAGGAGGCCUCCCUCGAUGUUUUAGAGAGAAGUCCUGGCCCAGAGAUAGGGGAGAGGCCCAUUGUCCACGCCCAGCCUCAAGGGCCGCAGACCUGGGUCAACACAGACUUCUACGCCCAGGUUAGCGAUGUGAUGCCCUCAGGAGGGGUGGUCCUGUCCCCAGGCCAGCAGCUCAGGACACAGGAGAGCACUUCAGCCACAGAGGAGGAGAUGCAGAAGAAGGGACUAGAGAAUGGAGACGGUGAGGAGACUGAGGCAAAGAAAGAGGGGAAGCAGAAAGAGCUGCAGUUUCAGUUGCUGGUGGUGGAUCCAGAGGGAAGCGGCUACACGAUGGAGAGUGUUGCCCGGCAAAUUAGCACUCCCUCUAGCUCCUCCAUGCCUGGUGAGGGUUAUCACACCAUACCCCCUCAGCCUAUAGAUACCAAACCCAACCAGGAGGCUUUCCUGCCUCCACCAACCACAACAGGGGAAUUCCAGUCCCCCUAUAUCCACCCUGACUCCCCCCAAUCCCAGUUCCUUGCCCCUGUCUCAGACUACACAGUGGUACAGGAGGUGGACUGUCAGCACAGCCUGCUCCUCAACCCAUCUCCUGCCCCGUCACCCCCACCCUGCCUGCCUCAGCACCCCCUUAAAGCCCUACCUGCCAUGCCUGUAGGAUACAUUUCUCCAGAACUGCUGGGGAACCUCUCACCGUGAAUGACAAUAUUUCUGAUCAGGCCUUUUAGGUGUAAAUCUGGUUGACCGGGAAGUUCCUUUUAGUCACAACCAGUCUGCUUCUAUUUGAUUCCUGCUGGAAACCAAAUAACUCACAACAAACAGUGCGGAUGAGACUGCAGGCGUUUCUUUGUUAUCAGAGGGAGCAGAAAGGGAAGCUUGAAAAAUCGAAAACUGAUUUUGUUGCUAAAACUCUAUUAGAGAUGAGAGCUUGAGACAGAUUGUUUCUGAUAAAAACAAAUGAUUUGGGGAUUUUGGGAGCAAUGGGACAUUGUUGUGUCAAACAGAGAGAUGACUUUGAAAGUGCUCCAUCAAAUCACGUGAAGCGGAGGCAGACAAGAAGUCACAAUCAAAACCCGAAUGCACAGUUUGUUCUAUUCCUAGAAAUCCAUGCACCACACAUAAACAGAUUAUAAGCUGACAUUCUGAUUGUAACGAGUGAAAAAGCAACAGCGCAGUGCUAACUAUGCUUUAUGUUUCAUUAUGUCUGUGGCUUAUCGUGUUCAAAACAAUGAUAUUGCUUAAGUCUUAAUCUUGCAGAAAACUGAUGUCAAUAUAUGAUUGACUGGGAGAAGACGAGAACAUUCUAAUAUUUUUAAGCUGCAUCUAUAACCAGUCAUCGUUUUCACUGACACCUCUUGCUGGCGGAGGUGUUUGUCGGCCGGCUCUUCUCCCGGUUGUCACCUUAUUAUGCUUGAUGGCUUAUUUUCUACUCUUCUAUUUGUCAUCUUGCCAAAUCAUCUUAUUGGUACAUCACCAGGGAUAUAUUUUUUAUAAAUAAUAAAAAAAAAGGCAUUAGUUAAAGGAAAUCCCCACCCUUAAACACUUAUACACUGUUUUAAAAAAUGGUGAUGCACAUUGCAUUUCUGGGUCUACUUUGUUUUCUUGAAUUUUAAUG